CCAGGACCAUUCAUAAACUAAAUAACUCCAGGAAACAGCAAGGCAGAAAGAGAGAGAAAGAGACAGAGACAGAGAGAAAGAGAGAGAGAGAGACUCAGAGAGAGAGAGAGAGAGAGAGAGAGAGAGAGAGACUCGGAGAGAGAGGGAGGGAGAGGGAGAGAGAUUUGAAGCGAGAGGGAAAGAGACAUCAGAGGGGAGGAGGGAGAGACGACUCAGAAAGUGGAAUCUGCACAAGCAACCUAAAGGGGGAGGAGAGGAAAAACCCUCGAAUCGUUAUAACUAAACCCCAGAUGCAAAGCAAGCAACGACCUCGUCACACUAAAAUAGACUUUGUGAGGGCCAAAAUUAUAAAUUACGAAGCAGAAAUGAAUAUCAACCAACUUCCAGCAGUUUGCACCUAAGACAGACAAGAAGAACCCACUGCAAACAAACCAACCCAGUCCAAACAACGCCUCCAGUAGGAGAAGAGGAAAACCACUACAAGAGGACCCCCUGAGAAGAGACCAGACCCACACGCUGAGAGCGCAGGCGUCUGCGAACCUCCGAACCUCCGUGCCGCGGACGGAGGUGCACUUCACUGCUCUCUGGACAUUAAUUACACCCUUCACCUUCCAUUCGGGGGAGGGUUAGGAGAAAAGCACUCACCUAAGCUGAAUGAAGAAGGGCGACCAGCGUGGGGGAGAAGUUUAAGAAUGAAACACUGAAUGUUUCGCUUUUAUUUUUAAAUUUACUCUGGCACUUAAAAGACCUGAUUUCCAGAUUCCCGGGCCAUCUCUGAUGCAGACGUCUAAGCCUAACCUCUUGGUAACCUGAAUUUUUCUCUCUCCCCCUGCCCUUUUCCCUCCUCCCCUUCAUCUCUCCCGCAGGCACAUCUUUAUUUCGCUUAUCAAGAGAAAGCAAAAAAGUCUCAGCACGUACUUUUCUUUUUCAAAGAUCACCUUUUUUUUUUUCUUCUUAUUUUCUCGAUAAGAGAAAAGCUUUUGAAAGAGAGCGAGACAGCUGAAGCACCAGCUGGCCAGCCCAGGUGGAAAACAAGAGUGAAAGUGGGGCUUAGUGGGAGCGCAGCGCCUCUUUCGCAAGCCGCAGGGCCACCACCAGCGCUUGAGCCUUGGAUCCCUCAACGUACUGCGAGACGCCGGUGUACAGCCCGGACCUGUGCCCCAACAUGAUCGCCGCCCAGGCCAAGCUGGUCUACCAGCUCAACAAAUACUACACGGAGCGCUGCCAGGCGCGCAAGGCGGCCAUCGCCAAGACCAUCCGGGAGGUCUGUAAGGUGGUCUCGGACGUGCUCAAGGAAGUGGAGGUACAGGAGCCCCGCUUCAUCAGCUCCCUGAGCGAGAUCGAUGCUCGCUACGAGGGGCUGGAGGUCAUCUCGCCGACAGAGUUCGAGGUGGUGCUCUACCUAAACCAGAUGGGCGUCUUCAACUUCGUGGACGACGGCUCGCUGCCCGGCUGCGCAGUGCUCAAGCUGAGCGAUGGGCGGAAGCGGAGCAUGUCUCUCUGGGUCGAGUUCAUCACAGCGUCCGGCUACCUCUCUGCGCGCAAGAUCCGCUCACGCUUCCAGACGCUGGUGGCUCAGGCGGUGGACAAGUGCAGCUACCGGGAUGUGGUCAAGAUGAUCGCGGAUACCAGCGAGGUCAAGCUGCGCAUCAGGGAGCGCUACGUGGUGCAAAUCACUCCUGCGUUCAAGUGCACCGGUAUCUGGCCUCGCAGUGCGGCCCAGUGGCCUAUGCCCCACAUCCCCUGGCCCGGCCCCAAUCGGGUGGCGGAGGUCAAGGCCGAAGGGUUCAACUUGCUCUCUAAGGAGUGUUACUCCCUGACCGGCAAGCAGAGCUCUGCGGAGAGCGACGCCUGGGUGCUACAGUUCGGUGAAGCUGAGAACCGCCUGCUGAUGGGCGGCUGCCGAAACAAGUGUCUCUCCGUGCUGAAGACGCUUCGGGACCGCCACCUGGAGCUGCCAGGCCAGCCGCUCAAUAACUACCACAUGAAGACGCUGCUGCUGUACGAGUGCGAGAAGCACCCGAGGGAAACAGACUGGGACGAGGCGUGCCUGGGCGACCGGCUCAACGGCAUCCUGCUGCAGCUCAUCUCCUGCCUGCAGUGCCGCCGCUGCCCUCACUACUUUCUGCCCAACCUCGACCUUUUCCAGGGCAAGCCCCAUUCGGCCCUGGAGAGCGCUGCCAAGCAGACCUGGAGGUUGGCCAGGGAAAUUCUUACCAAUCCCAAAAGCCUGGAUAAACUAUAGGGUGCCAGGGACUGCUUGAAAAGCGACACAAACGGGAAUGCUCUCAGACACACAACACACACAACUGGGCGACCAACAGCGGAAACUCCAGACACAAACUUUUUUGUGAGCCACCUAAAAGGAAGGAGAACCCAACAGAAGACCCUCCCUAAUUAACGAGCGAACAAAAGGAGAGCAAACCAACCAACCAAACAAACAAAAUCACAUUCUUGCACAAAAGUGAUCGUUUUCUUCCGAACAAUGUGAAUUUAAAAGGUCACACAAAAGAAGCAAUCGGGCUUUGCCACCACAAAAUGAAACCCAAGGUACAUUUUCAAAUCAAAGUAUUGUAGUUUCUCCCUUUUACUUCUCUCUCUCUUUCUUUCUCUCUGUCUGUCUGUCUUCAAUUUGUUUUGGGUUGCCUGAAUGUUGUCACCAAGUGAAAAAGUAUUUAAUUAUAUGUAAAAUUUCUCUUUUAAACAAAACUUUGCUGAUGUUAAAUGUAUCUCAGUGCCAAUGUCAGAUGUGCCCCUCCCUCUCUCGCACCUCUACCCUCACCUUAAGCAGUCUUGUCGAAAACAGUAAUAAAAAUAUUACUUUACGUUGUAA